AUGUCCAGCCGACUUUCCACGCGACUGAGUAUCCGCUGGGUUCCAGGCGAGCCGUCGGAGCCGACCAACACGCUGGUCAUGAGCGUCGGAGGAUGGUACGUCGACCUGCGCAUCACCAAGGCCGACGGCUCGAUCGAAUGGGGGAUGGCGGGAGAGAGGCUCAUCCUGUCAAGAGAACCGUUAACAUGCAAAUGGACCCACUGGAUCGAUUCGCGAGGCUACACGGAGCCCGACAUUGGAAGUUUCCACCCCGUCGAUCCAUCUGUUGCUAAUGCCGACCCCGCCACCGACACCGUCGAAACAGGAAGCAUGCUCAACCCCGAAACCAACGUCGAGACGCCCUACGAGGAGGUGUGGCGCGCCCUGCGUGCCUCACAUAGCGACCGCUUCCCCUGGGCGUGGAUCGUGCGCAGCAUGGAUAAACGGACGUUUCUCGCGCAGGUCGGAGGGGACUUUCUCGCCCUGAGAGGCGGGCCUGACGGUCCUGUUGGAGAGGCCGGGUUCUGCGCCCGCAGGGAGACAUGGGACGGCGAGCAAAAGCGCUGGACAGUCGUGCUUGAGGCGGGGGAGUCGAACAAUCUGCCCGCUCUGCCUGGCCUGGUUGGAUGGGAGGCGAAAGGGAGAGGAGAAGGAAGUGGGAAAGAACCAGCGUGGACACAAAGUGCCAUGGAGGGGGAUGUGGUGGAACUGUUUGGAGAGAAGUACGUUUUGUGUGCGCUUGAGAGGGUGGCUUAG